CACGCCCGCCAGCAGGCCCCUGAGGCGCGGCCCCGACAGCACGUGGAUGACAUUCAGAUCCGAGCGGAGGACCACGCCGGCAUCGUGGCACACCAGCUGAAUGCCAGUGCCGCGGCGACCCUCACGCGCUGCGAGAACGACCAGCUGCCAAUCUCCAGCAAGUCGGCCAUCCUGUCCACGUCGGCCGCCGUGAGAGGCGCAGUUGGCCAGGUAGCUGCGGACCACGGGCUCGGCCUGACCCUGGCCACCAUCAUGAAGGGCUCGGGCUGCGACGCGGCCACGGGGGGGUCGCAGGCGGAAGCAGCCAGCCCAUGCCGCGCCAACGCCGGGGCCAAUCAGCAGCACGAGCAGGCAGCCGCGUGGAUGACGCCCCGCGAGAUCCAGCGCGCCCGAGCGGAGGCAGCGGCCAUGGCGGGCAUCACAACAGGGCGCCGCUGCACCGCGACCGUCCUCCAGGUCCACGGCGAUGUGGAACCGUGGACGGUCAACGUCAUCGGGCAGGUCCGCGAGCGGGUCCAGAUGUGGCGAAGCUACACCGACUUACACGACCAUUUCCGCGGGGGUUGGCGCGCCAUCAAUGAGCACUUGAGCAAGGCCACUAAGCGAGGGUGCUGGCAAGCAGCCACUGGGCCCUUGGCCGCUAUGCAGCUCUCGCUCAAGCUCCUCGGAUGGUCGGCACCUGAGCCCGACCUCUGGGCGGGCCGCGCGGGCGGCCAGUGGCAGGCCACCGGCAACGACUCUGCGGACCUAGUUGAAGUCGAGGCUGCUAUUGAGGAGUGCCCAACCACCAAGGAGAUCGACCACCUCUGGACCGACAACGCCAACGACCUGCGCCCCAGAGCCCUGUCAGCGCCGGACGACUCAAUGGAGACGGCGUUCUUGGUGCAUGGCUUACUGCCCGGGGAAGUGCGCCCAGUUGACCCACCUCCGCCUCGGGGCAGCCUGGAAGACGUGCGCUGGGCGGUCAGCGACGCGAGCGUGACUUGGGAACGAGGAACUGAAGGUUACAUCCUGUACGAGGCGUGCUAUUCGCGACGGGGGUCAACCAUCGGAGCAGUUGGGCCAGCCGCCCUCGCGUGGACAUUGAAGCUCACAAGAGGGCCCGUCGACACAAUCUCGGACUCCUGGGUGCUCGUUGGCGGAUGGCGCAGCCUCAGCUACAUGAACCCGAGCGGACAGGUGGCCUGCUGGUGGGCCAGGCUACGCAGAGUCAUUGGUAAAGGUGAAGGGGGCAUCGCGGGCGCCACGGCCAACAAGUGCAAUUCCCACGUCGGCAUCCCCACUUUCAGGAGGACGCGGCAGCCCAUGGGCGCCACGAGAGGCAAUGAGAUGGCCGACUCUUAUGCGCAGCGAGGCGCCGAGAUCGCGGCCAUUUCCAUUGCCCCACUGGUGAUGGCCCCAUCACAGCGUGAACGGCUAUUGCGACGAGUCCAUCAGCGCAUUGGCGCGGCCGCUGCACAGCUGGCCAGUCUGGGGCACCCUAAGUUGGAGCAGGGGCAUGGUAAGUACUCGCUCACGGACUGGAUGCAGAACAACCCCUGCCGCUCCAUGCCCAUGGUUACCAACAUGCACGACCGCGCCACGCCAGUCAAGAAGUCCGAAUACGCCAAAAUGCUGCCGAACGGGCCGAUCCACUCCAGCCACAACCCCAGCUACCUCCACGGCCAAUGCUGGCGCCGGACAUACGGGGCCACGGGGUCACCCAAGACAAAUGGCAAUCGCCGAGUACUGCGACUCAAGCUCCCCUGCCGUUGUUGGAAGACGCCCACUGACAAGCACCAGCUGGACAGGCUUCGAAACCGACGACCGCCGAUGCCUGGAAAAACGCAGUGGUCAGACGGCACCCCAGUGCCAGCCGACCAGCAGAACGGGCGCAAGAUCAAGCCGAGGACCAAUGCCCGAGCCCGCAUCGUCAAGAACAUGGGAAGCAUCGCGGACUUCGGCGACGCGGUGUGA